ACAUGGGGUCCGCCGUUCCUGGCUUCCGGGCGUUCUGCGAACGCGAGGGGGCGCAAAGAGAGAGGGGCUCUUGUGCAAAAGCUCCCUUCGCGCUAGGGUUUAAGGUUUGAGUUGGGAGGAGGAGCGCGCGACCGCUGGCCGGCGGCGGCGACGGCGACGAGGCGCUGGGAUGGCGGAUGCGGCCGUGAGAUGCCUCCGGGACGGCCGCCUGGACGGCGAGCACGCGCCAGCGCUGGCCGUGGAGGGCUCCCUCCAGUGCUGUCCUCUCGCCGCGCGUGCCAUGCUCCACGUCGUGGCCACCGUCGCCACCCACGUGGCUGCGGGGAAGGCGCAGGCCAGGGGACUUGUGGUUGUGGCCUUUGAUCGGAGCCCGGAAGUUUACUUGGAUUUCAUGCGGCGGCGUGGACUCGAUUCAAAUUCUUUGGGUCGAUGUGUUCGGAUAUUGGAUUGCUAUUCAGACCCACUUGGGUGGAAGCAGAAUAUUCAAAGUCAGCAGCACCAAGAGGAUAAUGGAACACCAUACUCAGCAAAGAAAGACAACAUCACAAUUUUCAGAAGCGUGAAGGCUGUUGAUAAGUUGUUGUGCUCCAUAAUUGAUCUUGGAACAGGGUUUGAAGGAGAAGGCAAGACCUAUUUUUCCGUUGCUGUCGAUUCAAUUAGCUCUAUGCUAAGGCAUGCUUCAGUACAAUCAAUCUCUGGCCUUCUUAGUAAUCUUCGAAGCCAUGAUCAGAUAUCAUCAAUACUCUGGCUAAUGCAUUCAGAUCUCCAUGAACCCAAGUUUUCCCGAGCUUUCGAAUGUCUUUCUACCAUGGUUGCUUCUGUAAAACCAGAAGUUGUAGAUUCUGUAUAUGGAGAAGAACGUAUCGGGAACAUAUCUUUCCUUGAGCAUAACUAUUCUAAAGCAAAGUUCCAUGUUCGCCUGAAACGAAGGAAUGGACGGGUGAAGCAUCUUUAUGAGGAGUUACAUGUUGAGGGAUAUGAUGUAAAAAUUAUUUCUAUUUCUUCUGUAAGUACAGAAGUGAACCAAAGUCUACUGCCUAAGGUUCAGUUCAAUCUUGAGCUGUCAGAAAAGGAACGAAGUGACAGGGCAAAGGUUGUUCUUCCUUUCGAGCAUCAAGGAAAGGAUGAGCCAAUUCGUAUAUAUGAUGGACGGCGAUCUCUCCCUGAGGCCCCGCUAGAUCCCAACUUAACUACAAAACCUCCCCUUGAUGAAAUAAAAGCUCCUAAACCUGCAACUGCGAAGGGUGAAAUUCAUUACAUCCGUGACUCUGAUGAUGAGCGACCUGACUCAGAUGAAGACCCGGAUGACGAUCUGGAUAUCUAGCUACAGAGUUUAGUUUAGUGGGCAGCUACAUCUACCAAAUCCAAGGUACAUCAGGUGCUUACAGAAGUCUAGGAGGUGCUUCACUUUGCUUGGCGCCUGAUUGAGUGUUACGUAGAUAGUCGAACGAUUUAAGCAUUGAUCUGUACGAUGGUUUCCCUAGCAAAUAUAAAGGAGUACAGAUGCUGGUGCACUCAUUAGUAACUAUAAAUAUAGAGAUUCCUUGCCGUUUUCUUAAACCUCCUGAAACCGUCAUGAACACCCCUACAUGGGUUUUAAUGCUUGGUUUUUUUUUUCUUUAAGCAUUUCUGUGGUAGUAAAUCAUUGUAAUUGUAAUUUCUACAUGCCCUAACAUAGAAAGCGAGAUUUUGGCAGACCAGAACAUGCAAGUUUUACUGGUAUGGAUAAAAUUUGUAGUUGA